UUGAAACACAGCUGUGAAAUAUUGUUGGUUUCAAAUUUGUUGGGCAAUAAAUGAGUCCAACUCAAACUGAUUAUAUCAAAAUUUUGAAAUUAAAUUCCCAAGAUAUUUCCCAUAAGCAAAAGAAAACAAAUUAAAGAGUUACAAUUCUCAAGUCACACAAGUCUCAACCCUUUAUAAACCAUACCUGUUACCCACUUCAACACACAAAAACUAACAUUAUGUUCCGUAUCUACCUCCUUCUUCGCCACUCACCUCCUAUGGCGCUCCUUCACCAACCAUCACCACCACAUUAAAGCAAAUUCAUCACUCUCACUAAAUUCAUCAACACUCUUCAAGCAAUGAUUGAUUCCGUUCUUUUGGCGCUUUUUCUUCCUUGUAUAGGCAUGAGUGCUAUCUUCGCUCUCUAUAUGUGCCUUCUCUGCUACGCCACUUCACAUCACCGUUCUGAUUUAAAUCCACCGUUGAAACCGGUCACUGAAAAAGGUCUUUCUCCUUUGGAACUUGAACACCUUCCCAAAAUUACCGGUAAAGAAUUGGUUGCGUCCACCGAAUGCGCCGUUUGCCUCGAUGAAAUCGUUAAUGAACAACCGGCUCGUCUGGUUCCCGGUUGUAACCAUGCCUUUCAUCUUCAAUGUGCUGACACGUGGCUUUCCAAACACCCGUUCUGUCCUCUUUGUAGAACCAAGCUCGACCAUCAGAUUCUCAACUCUGAUAGUCCAUGCUGAAUCGAAUCUCUUUAAAUGUAACGGUGUACAGUCGAGUGCACUAUAAAACUGGUUGUAGAGGAUUCAUUAAAAUGAAAUUGAAGCGGCGUGGGAUGGAGGGAAAUGGGUUAUAUACAAGUAUUUUAUAAUUUGAGUUUGUUGUUAUUGUUUCAUUGUUAAUUAUUUUAUUAUUAAUAAAUGGUAGUUACUAAUGUUUAUAUGUUUUGAACCUUUGAGGAAUGGAAAUUAUUGUAAUUUGUUUUGAACUGGAAAUAUGAAGUAAGUGUUUUUAGAAUUGCACGCAACGUUAAUGGAGCCGAUUUACGCUAACGUGUAAAUUGAAGACA